UGCACGUUAAUUAUCCAUCAUGGCGGAAGAAAACGGCCUAUAUGAUCUGAACGGCAAGCCGGAAAUGGUGAAUGGCAGUUUACAGAACGGUGAACCCGAUGAAGACGAAAAAGAAUAUGAAGCCCUUGAUCAGGAGCUGGAUCAACUUAAUUCUUGUCUUGACAAGUUGGAGAACUGGAACGAUUCCCUUCGGAAUAGGAUGAAAGAUAUGCUUGAGACCAUGCAAAAAACAAGAGUAGAGAGACAGAUACAAACCAACCAGGAUGAUGGGCACAAUGGCACACAGCCCUGAUUACAUCAAUUUAAGUAUCGCUGCGGGUUGUUUUUUUUUUUAGAAGAAUUUUGUAGAAAAUUAUUGUAGAAAUGUUAUGGAUGAUAAGUUGUCCUGAGAGUGAUUCAGUAAUUAUCUCCUAGAUAUUGGAACUGCUUCUUCUGACUAUAUACUCACGACUCACUUUCAACUGAAUAAACUGAACAAUUUUAAUCUGACUUCUCUUAGUUUUUCAACUCUAUUUCUCCAUGUGCUUUUUUCUUUUAUCCCAUAAUGUUUUUCUUUCAUUCCGUAGCCUCCGCGGCUAUCCUAGCUAGGGAUGCCUGACUAAUCUUACGAUUAAGCAUAAACAAACAAAUUAAUAUGGCUUAAACUUAACAUAAUCUCAACAUAGACUCAAUUUUCAAAAAUACAACUGUGGACAUUUUGAGAUAUUUAAGCAUCAUUCUUUAGUAUUUGAUGAGCACUUGCAUGCCAUUGAGACACUUUUGGAAUAUUGUGUCGCAAAUAUUUACUGGAUCUUUCUCAAUACUGAGAUUAGAAAAUUCAAGUUAAAAUCAUGGUAUCUUGAUAGGUACCUUGGUACAUGAAAAUCUGUAGAAUUCAAUCAUAUAAUUACUAUCUAUUAUUUUAGUUAGAUGCAUUUUCAUCAAGAAGUGUAACAAGUCAAUUAAAGGUAAUCACCAAUGUGUGCAACA